AUGGCUCUCUAUCUGUUGUUCCUCCUGCUGCAAGAAUCCCAUGGUGAAUGCCACUUCCAAUCUAAAGCUGUCUGUGAGUAUGCUGGAAGAGAUUACAAGAUUGGGGAGUCCUGGAUGAGCAGUGACUGUAUGCUGUGUACCUGUCUCCACCCAGAAGGAGUGGGCUGUUGCAAAAUAACCCAGCAUCCUAUUGACUUUCCUGAGUGGUGUGAAGCUCAGUUCAAUCAGCAGAGUUGUCAGAUCUAUGUAGUCCAAAAAGCCAACCCAAGUCUCCCUUGUGUGUAUUGGGCAGACCAUCAGCACAAAUCCACCUGGACUAAGGACCAGCCUUUCAAUAAACUCUAUGAACCACAUCUCAAUAUCUAGGAGGACGUCACCCUAACAGACAUUACAAAAACAAUAUAACA